GUAAUCUGAUAAUUGUCAUCGUUCCAAAAUCAAGUGGGGUUCAAUUAGUCGUCUGCCUCAGUUUUUAGCUACUAUAGGUGGCCUAAUUCAAUAAACGACUUUCCAUGUAAAAUGGUGAAUAAUUGGAGCUAUUUUUGCUCUAUAUAAGGACCUUAAUUUCCUUAGAAAUAUCCCAACAACGAAACGAAAACAGGCAAAGCAUCACGUCGCAUCGAGCAACCCAUCUUACACCAUGGCCACACCAUAUCUGUGGAGCCUCUUCCUUUCGGCCGCUGUGAUCCUCGCUCUCCGGCUGCUUUUCCAGCUGUACGAUGUCGUGGUGCGGCAGCCGCGGAAGCUGCGCUCCGCCCUGCGCCGCCAAGGCUUGUCCGGUCCGCCGCCGGCUUUUCUCCUCGGAAACAUACUGCAGAUGAAGAGGGCAAGAGACGCGGCUGCCAAGGACGCCCCCGCCGCCGGCCCCCCGGCAGCUCACAACUGCGGCGCCGCGCUGCUUCCCUUCUUCGACCAGUGGAGGAAGCAAUACGGGGAAGUAUUCCUUUUCUCGUUGGGGAGCACGCAAAUCGUGCACGUGACCCAACCGGAGAUGGUGAGGGAAAUCACGACGUGCACGUCGCUGGAUCUUGGGAAGCCGACGUAUCAGGCGAAGGAGCGAGGCGCGUUGCUCGGACAAGGCAUCCUUACCUCAAACGGACCUCACUGGGUUCACCAGAGGAAGAUUCUUGCACCCGAGCUCUACAUGGACAAAGUUAAGGGGAUGAUUAGUUUGAUCCAAGAUUCGACAAUGUCGUUGGUGGAGUCGUGGAGGAGUUUAGUGAAGGAAGAUGGUGGAUUAGCAGAGAUUAAGAUUGAUCAAUACAUGAGGAGUUUCUCAGGAGAUGUGAUAUCGAGAGCUUGUUUUGGAAGCAAUUACUCCAAAGGAGAAGAGAUAUUCUUGAAACUCAGAGCCCUGCAAGAAGUUUCCUCCAAGAAACUGUUUGCCACUGGAAUAGGCAUGAGGCAUCUUCCCACAAAGAGCAACAGGGAGGCGUGGGCGUUGGAGAAGGAGAUCAAAACCUUGGUUCUGGACGUGGUGAAGAAGAGAGAGUCAGCCGGAUUCGAGAAGGAUCUGCUGCAGAUGGUGGUUGAAGGAGCCAGGCACAGUGAUCUCCCCCAGGAUGCCAUUGAUCGCUUCGUCGUCGACAACUGCAAGAACAUAUACUUAGCGGGCUACGAGACCACCGCCGUCUCCGCCACAUGGUGCCUCAUGCUGCUAGCCGCCAACCCCGACUGGCAGGACCGCAUCCGCAACGAAGUCGUCGAUGUCUGCAAGGGCCACCUCCCCGAUUACGAGGCCGCCAGGAAAAUGAAACUGUUGACAAUGGCGAUCAACGAGUCGCUGCGGUUGUAUCCGCCGGUGUCGGUGGUGUCGAGGGAGGCCCUGAAGGACAUGAAAUUCGGGAAGAUAAAUGUGCCAAAGGGUGUGAAUUUGUGGACACUGGUGACCACUUUGCAUACCGAUCCGGAGAUUUGGGGAGCGGACUCGUACGAGUUCAACCCUCAGAGAUUUGCGAAUGGGAUCACGGGCGCCUGCAAGUUUCCGUAUUUGUACAUGCCGUUUGGAGUUGGACCCCGCGUCUGCUUGGGCCAAAACCUCGCUCUCAUCGAACUCAAGAUCUUAAUAUCAUUGAUUCUCUCCAAAUUUCAGAUCUCCUUGUCGCCUAAAUACGUCCAUUCACCCUUGCUAAAUUUGGUUAUUGAGCCGCGAUACGGAGUUGAUCUUUUGGUUAAAGACUUGUAAUUUCCAUUACCAUUAUUGUAGCAUUAAUACAAACAACUUCUCAAUUCUAUUUAGUUUUACCACUGUAAUGUCUGUUUUUUUAAACAAUUUGUUUACGAGAUAAUUCAUAAUUUCUUUUUUUACGAUAUAUAUGGAGUAUUUCUUUCA